AUGCACGACCCAUUGGCAACGGUUCCCAUUCCCACGAUACAGGCACGCACAACAGGCUGGGUCUCGACCCACGGCGAUGUCGAUGAUUUCAUUCAGCGGAAUGAGGACUUUGCACAUUCCGUGGGUCUCGGUCUGUGCCUGUACUCAAGUCAAAUGACCACCCCACCUCCUCCUCCUUCGCAGCCCUCUCCCAACCCUUUUGAAGAAGAGGUCAAGUAUCAACUGAAACCAAACACCGCAACACUUUUCCCUGGUCAUCCAGCGCAAUUGAAGGAAAAAGAAGCGCUCUCAGAAACGCCGUUCAGAAUAGCAUCAAAUCCCAACAACAAGACGGUCCUACGACAGGUGAAGAAGCAUCUAGUACACUUACAAGACAUGUUGAACGCACAUGCGAUCGUCAUCGUCAGGAGUGUGGCGAUCGAGGUUCACAAGAAAGGAAUUCCGCUUGUCCAGGCGUUUGUCGUGAGAUGCGCGCUUUAG